AUGCAAAAACACACCAAAUCAAAGCGUUCUUUGAGUCCGACGGCUCGGGUCUCACCUCGUAAGAGACUCAACUAUGAUGCAGACACUCGCAAGAUGUCGAGUCCCACGAGCUAUGAUGAUGAAGAUGUUCAACUCAGUUUCCUGACCAUAGACGAAGAAGAUGAAGAAGAAGUCGCUUGUUCUAACAGCAUGGAAGAGUUGAUGAAGCUGGAAAAGGAGCGAUAUCCCGGUGCCAGUACCUGGGCUCCUGCUGAAGAGCGACUUUUUGAGAUACUGUAUAUGCGACAGGAUCUGCCCAUGCUUCCAUCAACGUGGGAUGUCGAUCUCAGAGGAGUGCCCAUCUCAGACAUUGUCUUCCAAACUUCGGAUGAGUUUCCUCCUAUCAUCUAUGCUCACUCAAAUAACUUUCGAGCAACAACCGCCCUUAUCCGUCUCAUGGACCUCACAGCAACGACCAGGACAACCAUUCAGAGUGGCCAUCGGAUAAAGGUCCCGCAGCUCAUCAAACAACACCUCGACAAGUAUCUGAGCUGGGCAGCACAGGACGGCGACUACCUGCAUCUACGCAUUGUUCCGAACAUCCUGACGGAGAUUGUAGACACGAAAAUGCUGGAGGAUGAGAUCACCGAGCACAUCCAGAAACGUAUGAGAGCUCUCGCAAAGCUCCAGCGAGAGUUUCUCCGAGAGGAUAGGAACCCUCAGUUCUGGGAUGUUAUCAAGCCCAGUGUAUUCGCAUCUCCGAAAAUCAAACUUGAGCCGGACGAUGGGCCGACAUCGUUUGGGGGGUGGCUAACGCCUGCUCAGAGCCGACUAGGCUCACAUCUUCAAGGUGGGAACGUAGUUCCAACCACCGAAACCCAUGAAGUCGCUGUCAAGAUCGAACCUGGAUUUAAGAACCCCGGUAUCUCGGCAGGAAUACUCCCCAAGACAACGAUGCUUUCGAGGGAGUCAUACCAUUCAGAGUCCCCAUCGCCCUCUCUACCCGAAGAGCCUCAGACCCCUCCUCGACACACCUACCGUCGCCACCCUCCCGUGGUAUACGGUCUCUUUAUCAUCAACACCUGGGUUCUCGUUCUCACAGUCGAUUCCUCCAAGGGAUCCGACGCCCAUGUCAGUUUUCAGGUCCAAGUCGAUUUCAAAGAUGAGCACCAGGGAAUCUGGAAUGCCCUGACCAUUGCUAUUGCGGUGUGCCUUGCUCGUGAUGAGCUACGGACUCGUGCGACCGACUUUGAGGAGCUGCCUUGCGUGGAAGAUAGUGAUCCGGAUGCUUGA